CGCGUGAAAAAGACAUCUCAAUGCCUUUUUCCAUCAGACAGAUAUGACCUUCAUUAUGCGAUAGUCGAUCUUUCCCAAUGAGGCGCACAACGCGAGGAGCCUUGGUCAACAUCUUCCUCUUCUCUGUCGUGCUUCUACUUAUCUUGUAUGUCAAUGGCAGCGGGUCGGGGUCAGGCGACAAAGCUUUCGCAUGGAGCACAAUAUGCUACAGAACGAGCGCCUCAGAUUUACCCGAGCCUCGUGGCAUUUGCCCAGGACUAUCCGAUACUUCGAAGCCAGCUCUCGUUGUCGCCAGAGUUGCUAAUGAUGAUACAAAGUGGCUCGACAAACUUGCAGGAAAGUACCAUCUAUGCCUUUACACUGCGGAUGCGCCGGUCGAUACAACCUCGAGGUUUCUCCAGGUUCCGGAAAACAGGGGUCACGAGGCUAUGGCAUAUUUGACCUUCAUCAUCGACAACUAUGAGCAUAUUCCCUCAUCUGGCGCCGUUUUCGUACACGGUGCACGCUGGUCCUGGCAUAACGACGCGCCCGACUACGACAAUGCCGCACCUCUCGCGGCGCUGAAUGUAUCUUCCGCCCUUGAGCCAUGGGGAUACCAUAACCUUCGCUGCGAUUGGAGCGCUAGCACAUGUCCUGCUUCCGAGGUCGUCGCUCAGGGCAGUCUGGGCACGUCUGUUAAUGCCAUGCUUGAACCCUGGAAUCAGCGGCUCGUCUCUGAUGCAGCAUUACCUGAUGCUCUGGUGACCUUGUUUGGUGGUGACGACAAAGAUCCGAUUGACCAAGGGAGGCUGCAUCUAGGACGCAAUGACGCUGUACGGUCGCAGUGCUGUGCACAAUUCGUUGUUUCCCGGCAGAGCAUAUGGCAGCAUUCUCGAGAAGAGUACAUCGCUUUGCGACAGUGGCUGCUCGACGGAAGUGGCAGUCAACGACCCGGUAAUGGGCGAUUCCGAACGACCAAGGCAGCUCCACCAGAUGAUCGUGUUGCUGGGCGGAUAUUGUCCUAUGUAUGGCAUAUCCUAUUUCUGCAACAUAGCCACGGCUCGAAUGAGCAUAUUGACCUGGAAAGGCUAAAUGCACUUGCUUGUCCUUCUGCAGCCGAGUGCUAUUGUCGACUGUAUGGACGAUGCGAGCUUGAGCAUUGCAGUGUUGGUCGUUGCCAUGGACAGUAUACUAUUCCACCAGGUUUUCGAUUGCCUGAAGACUGGGCGGCGACGCAUUCAUGAUGAGCGACAUGCACUAUAUGGUCCUUGUUGAUAUGAAGAAUGGAUAUCCUGAAGAUGUGUAUUCUAUGAUCUACACCUAGCU